ACUACACAAAUGAUCACCAUGGUUUAUUGGAAGAGUUACUAUGUCUGGAUUACUGCACAAAUCAAGAUACUACUAUAAACAUCCCUUCAACAAAUGAUUGCUUCCAACACCUCUCAUCCUACGCCCCGUUUGGCGACGAGCUAUCACCGCCCGACUUCCCUGUCGAUUCCUCCACUUUCAACCUCCACCCCCAAACGCUCCCUUACGACUUCACAAACGGCCUCCAAAAUACGGAUACCGGGGCCCCAUGUGAACCCGAAACCCCCAUUUUCAACAUCGGACAAUUUUGCCCUCUGGCUGCUGAGAUCAACACCAGCAAUGCCAGCCGUCGAAGAACCUCAUGGCGGAGAGGCGGCGCCGGAAGCGCCUCAACGACCGCCUCUCCAUGCUCAGAUCAAUUGUUCCCAAAAUUAGUAAGAUGGACAGAACAUCGAUUUUGGGAGACGCCAUAGACUACAUGAGAGGGCUGCUGGAGAGAAUCAACAAAUUGCGAGAGGAAACGCAUUUGGGGGAAAAUCAAUUGAGCGUCAUGAGCAUAUUCAAGGAUGCCAAACCUAAUGAUUGUUCGCCCAAGUUUGAAGUGGAGAGAGGAAAUCUGGAUACGAGAAUCGGAAUUGGGUGCGAGACGAAGCCAGGAUUGUUGCUAUCUGAUGGUUUGGCGAAUUUUUGAUGGUGAUGAAUGCAGGAAAAUGCAGAUCACGACACAGAGAUUUACGUGGUUUGAUUUACUGAG